CUAAGCGUGCCACUGGUCAGUUCCAAUUCCUCGGUCGUCGGUCACUGGUGGUUUCCUAGUGUGACCUUCAGAAAGCCGCCCUAUCGUUUCGUUUUCUUGUAGUGCACCUUCAGUGACGUUUGGUAUGUAUUGACCCUGAACCUAGUAGGCGCAGGAUUCACUGCCGCUGGAGCUGCUGCAGGUUUAUUGUGCAAUAGAUUCAAAUGUGUAGUGACGUGUGGAAUGUGAUCCUUAACGCGGCGCUUCGUGGUUGUGUGCGAUUGAGAAGAAAUUAUGAAAAGAUGCAGAGAUUAUCCGUCGAUGAAAACAUCCUGUAAGCAGGAUUUUCUCGCGAUGAAGUUCAGGGAGAAGCCGACGGAAACAGGCCGAAGUCAAUGCGCUUAUAUGGACGUUGACGCUAUAUACUUUCAACUCUUGCUUCUGCUGAAACAAGGCAUUUCGAAAGGGAUGAUGCCGAACUUCUACGAUCAUUCACGCCCCACUAUGGUCCCAACUAGCUCCGCCAUGCUAGGACCUCCGACCAAUAGUGGGGAGAAUAAUUCGAAAAAGCAACACAUUAUUCCAUUCGAUUUAGAAGCAACCCUUCAAGCCGUGGAUAAUGAAGUACUGGAGGGCGAAGAAGGUAGUUGUCCCAUUUGCAAUAAAACUUUUAGUAGGAAAUCAUCGCUUCUGAAUCACAUACGAAAUCACACCGCUGAGAAGAAAUACAUUUGCGAGUACUGUCAGAAAGGUUUUUCUCAGCAGGCGAAUCUUCGCAACCAUGUUAGAAUUCAUACCAACGAGCGACCGUACGUUUGCAUAGAUUGCGGUAAGGCAUUUACUCAAAUCACGAAUCUGAACAACCACAGGCGGUUACACACCGGCGAAAGGCCUUACGUGUGCAUCGAAGCCAACUGCGGUCGCUCCUUCGCACAAGUAACCAACUUGAACAAUCACAUGAAAACGCACCACAAAACCCAACAGUACGUAUGCAAUCAGUGUCCGAGACGAUUUUAUCAAGCGACACAGUUGAAUCUUCAUUUGAUCUCGGAACAUAGUACGACGAAAACCUUUUUCUGUCCGCAAUGUCCCGACAAGCGUUUCAAGUCACAAUCACUUUUUCAACACCACCUGAAAAUCCACGGCUCGAACUUUGGCUUUCCGUGUUCGAAGUGCGACGAAAGGUUCAUUCAGGAAUCGCAUCUCAUACUGCACAUGACGCAUCAGCACGGCGAUUAUGCGUGCAGCAUGUGCUCGAUGACGUUCAACGAUGAAGUUUUACUGAAAAAGCAUGUCCAAAGGCACUUGGACGGAAGGUAUCUCACCUGCCCGGUGCUCGGGUGCAACGAGGGAUUCACCAUGAAAAACCAUCUCACCAAGCACAUGCAAAUGCGCCAUCCGGCGAUUGAUCUCAAGAAGGGUUCUUCCAGCACAGGAGCUAUACUUGAUACGGCCAAACGGCCGCCCAAGCACUGCUGCCAUUACUUCAAUUGCAACGAAUCGUUCGACACUUCCGAUGGGCUAAGCAAUCACCUACGAACGGUUCACGGGCUGCCGAUUGCUCUACCAUUGAGCGAGCCGAAGAAGCAGCCUCCCCAUCCACACCAUCAGCAGCAGCAACCAUCGGCGGCGGCGCUACUAGGGACGGAUGUUAGCAUGUCACAUCUGUCUUCCCAUCCCGUAGCACCACAACCGGCGGUGCUGAGUGCCAGCUUUCAGUCGUACCAGCAGCAACUGAGCGAGGCACAGCAGCUGCAGCACCAUCAACAGCAGCAGCACCAGCAAAUGGCGGAGAAGCAGAAAGUUUACACGGUUUCCGAUUUGCUCAGUAUGAGCGAAGAGCUGCAGCAUCAUCACAACCAGCAGCAAAAGCAGCGUAGUCAACAGCAGCAGCAACAGCAACAGCACAACGGAUCGACCGAAGCCGUCGAACAGCACAUAGAAGACCGGGUAAACAACCUAAGCCGCAUAAAGUCGGAGCUGCAAACCAACCUGCAAAUCCAGAGCCUGUUCGGUCUGGCCAACCCGAUGGGUAUCAAUCCACCGUUCGUGCCACCAACGGCCGCCAUCGCCACCACAAAGUUGGUGUGCAGCUAUUGCUACAACGUCUACAAGACGCCGCAAACGCUGUCGAGGCACAUCGAAAAGUUUCAUAGCUAAGCACAUGGUGAAAGAUUUCACCACUGAAGGCGUCGUCGUGCGUCGGCUGCAGCCGUCGUGUGACAUGCUACAGUACUUGAAGUGUGUAACGGCGGUUGCACGCAACACCGGCCAUUUCGAAAUUGAGAAAAGUAAAAGUACAAAAGGCGCGUUCGAAAAUAUUAUUCCUCAAUUGGAAAAUCGCAACACAUAUUCGAGGAAUGAUAUCUUUGGCCAGCGUCUACUAAUACACAUAAACAAACACACACACGCAUACACUUUCUACAGUACACAUCGAGUAUGUUUAGAAGCCCUAUUCCAACAAACAGUUGCAAUAUAGUGUCUACUGACUUAGUACGGUUUAGAGAAUACGAGAUCUAUUAAGUAGACAGGAUGAAAUCUAUGCUAGGAUUGUAGAAAUUAGAUAUUAAAUGUUUUCCCGUGUAGAUAUUUACUUGAUGGUAAAUUGGACGCAAAGUUGCAGGGUCAAUUUGGUCUGAACCGACUGUUUCCAAGAGGGAGUAGAAGGGGGGAUUUGCCGAUCGACUAAAUAUGAGCUAAUGUGUUUCUAGCGCUAAAACAAAAGGUCUCGUAGGUAUUGUAUUAUAAUUCUAGGACAAAAUCAAAAGAAAAAAGAAAAAAACCCUUUUUCCAGUCGAGAACAGAAACAGAAAAAUCGAACAAGAAAAACCUAAAACCAAGGUAAAAAAAAACAAUGUUUCGAGUAAGAUGUAUCAAAGACUAUUUUUGUAUUUUGAAGCUGUGUUAUUCUAUUCAGGAAUAUAUUGUGAAGCUGAGAGAAUAAAGACGAUGUCUAGUCAAA